GAAAACUUCUUUCAUGCGCUAUUGCAUCGCAGCACUUAAAAAUAAAACUGUUUAAAAAUAUUAUAAAUCUCACUAUUCGAAAGCAGGAAAUAAAGAAAACAUGCUUGAUUAUUGACCCGCACUACUAUCCAAUUCUCGGAGCAGAAAUAGUGAAAGCUCAUAGCGGACGUUUCUGGAACUAAAAAGUCCCCACACCAUGUAAAUCGGCCUGUCGGCAGUGCCUGCAGAAUGGCAACCCGUCAUUACACUUCAAGCUUUCGUUUUCAAGAUUGAUUGAAAGUGCCGGUCGAGUGUCGCGCACCUGACCGCACAUAUCGGUGUACAACACAUAAAACGCUAAUAUGUGAAAAUUGAAUCGCACAAAUUCUCAGCAAAAAUGUUUGCAAGGCGACUCACCUGCGUGAUAAAUAAAAAGUUGUGCGAGCGUACGCUCCUCCGGAAUAACUGGCUAGCACAAACGAUACGCGUGUACGGAAUAGACCAUGAGAAGGUCAUGUACAAGUGGAGAGAAAAGGAAGCAGAACUGCAUCGGACCAUGCUCGGGGACGAUCCAAACGUUUCCAAGAAGAUUGUAUGGCAUCCCACAUCUGCACCUAAGGAAGGCGAUUUUUCAAUUGGCAACAUCGUGAACUGGUACGCGCAGCAUAAGAUUGACGCCGCCAAGCAUGAUCAGCGAUUCAUCCCGGAGAGACACGAGAUUUUGGGUCCGGAUCUGGCCGCUGCACUCUUCAUCGUCUGCCGUGGCGGUCGUGUAAGAUUCAGGGGCAGUGAUGAUUGGGUCGAGCAGAAUGAGAAGCACUCGAGCAAUUUGCCCACCAAGUUUGACCCACAAUACAUCCUCGAAGCGGUGGACGCCAACGGAAUGGACAUUUAUUACGAAGGUCUGAGCAAUCUGUGCAACCUUAUGAAGCUAAAGUGGCUCAGUCUCAAAAACUGCAAGAACAUCGAUGACUGGGGCAUAGACAAGAUCUCGGCAGAAUUUCCGCAGCUCGAGCACCUGGACAUUUCCGGCUGCGAGAACGUCACCGAGCGAGGACUAGAGUCGCUGUACAGAAUGCCAACGUUGAAGAAGCUUAUAGUGACAAAUUACUACAACGCCGCAGCGUUCGAGCUGACGUGCAUGAUGCUGGAGGAUUGUAUGCCAGGAUUGACUUGUGAGAUUCAUGUGCCUGAAGAGAAAUUGGAAGAAUGAUCCUAUUAGAACAUUGGAAUGAAUAAAAUAGUACUAUGCUGUGACACAACUUACAGUUUUGAACACUAGAAUAUUUACUUAAAGUUUUAAAAUUUCAUCCACCUGUCUUAUCUACACAUUGAACAUUUGCAGAAUAUAAAAAUGUUCUUUAUGUAUAAUCAUGUAUGUAUGCAUACAAUCACAUGUACAUACCAUUAUACAUAGUUGCCUCGCAAUACUUUACUUUUUACUUAUGCAAUCUCAAUCAUCGAGAUAGGCUUACUGUGUGAAUAUGUGAAUACUAAUAAAUAUUAAUUGUAAUAGGAAAUAAUAUAUAAAAACUGGUACAAAGUUGCCGUUAACGCUUAA